AUGCCGUCCAACAGCCGAUGGACUCAUCGCCGAUGCUCAGUUGGCAGUGACUUUGGCAGAGAGAAGUAUUCGUUGCUCGAGCUCGACGCAACUGCAGCCACCGAUCUCACUGGUGAUCCGGGGUCCAGCGAGGUGGUGAUGAGCGAGGGUUCCGGAGCAAUAUUCAGUGCAGUAAACUGCAAUGAGUGCAAGGAUGACUGCCCGAAAGAAGGGAAGAUGAUAUGCGGAUUGAGUCCAGAAAAUAAAAACUACACUUUAUUUCCCAGUGAAUGUGCCUUGAAGGCUUAUAGCAUUUGUCAUAAUGUCCAAUUUGUGGAAAUCCCCUUAAAGUUUUGCAUCAAUCACGAAGUCAAGAAUGCAAGAAGGGUGUACGGUGAAUCCUGUCCCCUUUUCUGUCCGAAUCAUUACAGACCUGUGUGCGGGAUGUCUAAAAUGCGUGCUUAUAUUUAUAAGACUUUUAACAACGGCUGUUACUUUGAUAUGCUUUCUUGUAGAGGCGAUGAUUUAGAAGGAUACGUGGAAGUACCAUUGGAAUUCUGCCAGAGACAUCUAAUGAAGAAUAUAUUCAAGGAACAGGUUGUUGUUUCCGGAAUCAACGAUUACAGAGACUAUCAUGAAUAUAAUUAA